GGCGCAGGCGCAGUGGGCGCGGGUCCUGCCGGGCGCAGGUGCAGCGAGUGCAAGCGGCGGCAGCCAUGGACGACGAGGAGGAGACGUACCGGCUCUGGAAAAUCCGCAAGACCAUCAUGCAGCUGUGCCACGAUCGUGGCUACCUGGUGACCCAGGACGAGCUGGACCAGACGCUGGAGGAGUUCAAGGCCCAGUUUGGGGACAAGCCCAGUGAAGGGAGGCCUCGGCGCACAGACCUCACGGUGCUGGUGGCCCACAACGAUGACCCCACUGACCAGAUGUUCGUCUUCUUCCCAGAGGAGCCCAAGGUGGGCAUCAAGACCAUCAAGGUGUACUGCCAGCGGAUGCAAGAGGAGAACAUCACGCGGGCCCUCAUCGUGGUACAGCAGGGCAUGACGCCCUCCGCCAAGCAGUCCCUGGUCGACAUGGCCCCCAAGUACAUCCUGGAGCAGUUUCUGCAGCAGGAGCUACUCAUCAACAUCACGGAGCAUGAGCUGGUCCCAGAGCACGUUGUCAUGACCAAGGAGGAGGUGACGGAGUUGCUGGCCCGGUAUAAACUCCGAGAGAACCAGCUGCCCAGGAUCCAGGCGGGAGACCCCGUGGCACGUUACUUUGGGAUAAAGCGAGGGCAGGUGGUGAAGAUCAUCCGGCCCAGUGAGACUGCAGGCAGGUACAUCACCUACCGGCUGGUACAGUAG